UCCCCGCGGGUGCAGCGAGGAGUCGCCAUAGCCAGCAGCGGCAGAAGUCCCCGGCGGCGGCGCCUCUCGCAGGACCCACACUCCGGCCCCUUGCCAUGGAGAGCAGCCUCCCUUCUCCUGCAGAAGAGCCCCGCUCAGCUGUGAGGCUCAGCGGGGCGCAGAGCCCGGAGCCGCUCGGCGCAGGGGGUUCCCAAGAGCCGGAGGAGGGAGGGAGCGAGGAAGGGGCGGCGGAGGAGAAACCCUCCGGCCCGUGGCGGGAGGAGGGUGCAGCAGAAAGUGCAGCUGAAGGGAAGGGCCAGGAGGCGCCCGGGGACCUGGGCGCCGCGGAGAGCUGCGGAGAGGGGGAAGAGGCAGCAGGAGCAGGGAGCCCCGAGGGGCAGCAGCAGGAGCCUGUCCCCGCGCACAGCCCAGCAGGGGAGCGCUCGGAGGAAAGGGGCGAAGGAGACGCAGGGGGAAGCGGGGAGGACGAAGGACCUGCAGAGCUCCCUGCGGAGGACAGCACCGGAGGCGAGAGCCCGGGGCCAAGCCCCGCGCAGGAGGGCACCGGAGGCGAGAGCCCGGGGCCAAGCCCCGCGCAGGAGGGCACCGAAGGCGAGAGCUCGGGGCCAGGCCCCGCGCAGGAGGGCACCGGAGGCGAGAGCCCGGGGCCAAGCCCCGCGCAGGAGGGCACCGAAGGCGAGAGCCCGGGGCCAAGCCCCUCGCAGGAGGGCACCGGAGGUGAGAUCCCGGGGCCAGCCCCCGCGCAGGAGGGCACCGGAGGAGGGAGCCCGGGGCCAAGCCCCGAGCAGGAGGGCACCGGAGGCGAGAUCCCGGGGUCAAGCCCCGCGCAGGAGGGCACCGAAGGCGAGAUCCCGGGGCCAGGCCCCGCGCAGGAGGGCACCGGAGGAGGGAGCCCGGGGCCAAGCCCCGCGGAAGGGGGAGACGCAGAACGGGCUGCCCUCGGGGCAGAAACCCCCCAGACCGAAGAUUCUGCAGAGGCUGCCGGGGAGGAAGAAGAGCCUGAAGGAGGCCCUGGGGAGGACGCGAGAGAAGAAGAAAAGCCUGGGGAGGUGGCAGGUGAGGAAGGAGCCCCCGCGGGAGAAGAGGAGGAGAGAAAGGAAGAGGAUGGGGAGGCAGAUGCAACGGCAAAAGCAAAGCCUGAGGAAGGGGAGGAUGCAGCAGAGGACGAAACUAGGGCAGGAGAAAGUCUGGCAAGCACUGCACCAGAGGGAGCAAAUCCCGAAGACACCGAGACGAGCGAAGAAAGCCCCGCGGCAGUAGGCGCCGCUGGCCAUGCAGCAGAGGAAAUGCCAGCAGCAGCAGAACACGCGAGCGCAGAGGACGCUGCUACAAGAGAAAGCCCAGAGAGCAUCCUAGGUGGAGAUGAACUGAGCAACCACCUGACAGAGCCACAUGCAACCGGGGACCCCGAGGAGCCUGAGGGAGCGAAGAGAGGCGAGGAAGCCAUGAGCCUGAACGGCAUGCAGGGCAGGGGCGAAGGAGAGGAAGAAGAGGAUGAGGCGAGCACACCUGGUGAACCCGGGGAAGAGACGCAAGAGCAUGACAUUUCCCUCUUCGUCAAGGCUGGUAGUGAUGGGGAAAGCAUUGGAAAUUGCCCAUUUUCUCAGCGUCUUUUUAUGAUUCUGUGGCUAAAAGGAGUUAUAUUUAAUGUAACAACUGUAGACUUGAAAAGAAAACCUGCAGACUUACAGAAUCUAGCCCCAGGAACAAACCCUCCCUUCAUGACUUUUGAUGGUGAAGUGAAAAUUGAUGUCAAUAAGAUCGAGGAGUUCCUAGAGGAAAAAUUAACACCACCAAGGUACCCCAAACUUGGGCCAAAGCACCCUGAAUCUAAUUCUGCAGGAAAUGAUGUGUUUGCAAAAUUCUCUGCUUUCAUAAAGAACACAAGAAAAGAUGCUAAUGAAAAUUUGGAAAAAGCCUUACUUAAGGCCCUAAGGAGGCUGGAUAACUAUUUAAAUACCCCCUUGCCUGAUGAAAUUGAUGCCUAUAGCACUGAAGACAUCACUGUUUCCAGCAGAAAAUUCCUGGAUGGAGAUGAGCUCACCUUAGCAGACUGCAACCUCCUACCAAAGCUCCACAUCAUUAAGGUUGUGGCAAAAAAAUAUAGGCAUUUUGAGUUUCCGCCUGAAAUGACUGGGAUCUGGAGAUAUUUGAACAGUGCUUAUGCUAGAGAUGAAUUCACAAACACUUGUCCUGCCGAUCGAGAAAUUGAGUUUGCAUAUUUGGAUGUUGCAAAGAGAAUGAAGUGAUGGAUUAAAAGAUAUCUCUAUUCUACAUUUCUUCAGAGAGCUGGAUGGGAAUAAACCAAGACAAAAACAGAGUACAUUAUGCAGCAUAAUUUUAAAUUCUGUGACUAGCCAAUCCUUCUUUCUUUUCUUGCAUUAUAUUAAGCUCACUCUUAAAUUAUAUGUAUGUAUGUCUGCUUGUGU